AUGAAUAGCGGAUAACCUUAAAGCUUUGAAUUCAAGAACCUACACUAAUCUCCAGCAAGAAUGACAAGAAACUAACUGAGAAAUUCAAUUUCUAAUCAAAAUGAGUCUGAUCAGACAUCUAUAAAUCUACUAAAUUCAACUAAGAAAGGACUAUUUAGUCGUUAGUUUGUAUUUUAAUUGAAAUUAAAAGUCAUAUAUGGAAUUUAGGUUGAUCAACAGAAUAAUGUUGCUGCAAAUGGUCAAUUAAAAGAAACUUUUGGGUUAAUGAACAAUGAAUUGAACUCUAAAUUGAAAUAGAGUUAAUGUGAAGGGCAGAUUGUGGACAAUUAAAAAGAAUAAAAAUAGAAUAAGAACUCAACUGUGAAUCCAUUCCUCAAUUUGUAAAAGGGAACCUAGAGAAUUAAUAACCCCUUCCUUUUCAACAGAAAUGACAAUACAAGCUUUACAUAAAAUGAGUAAAGUUAGGGCUAUAAACAUGGAUCGGUGCAGAAAAACUAAGGAAUAGAACUCUCUCCUAACUAUGGUAGCAACUCCAUCCUCAAUCAAACUUAAGCAUCUUCAAAUCAAUUCAAUGGCUCUAAUUUGACAAACACUACUGCCAAUAUAAUUUCAUUGACAUUGGAUUCUCCUAACUCUACAACAAGGAAGGGAAGUAAGAGAUAAAUGUUACAGUCCAAGAGAUAGUAGUAAUCUACUAGAAAUACCUUUGAGAGCCUUAAUCAUGGCUAUAAUGAAAGUACAUCAAAUUUAGACUAGAAUUAUAUUCAAAUUCUGAAAAAUGCUCUAAAUGAAGUUGCCAACCAAAAUGAAUGGAGGGCUUUAAAUGGUCUAUUAACAAAAGAGCUGUUUGAUAAUAAUCAAGAAUUUGAUGAGGAUGCUGGAAGUUAAAUUGGUCAUAAUGAUGAUGAUGAAGCUGAGAGUUAAGCAGAUAAAUCUUUUGUUAUUAGUGAAAACAGCUAUAUAGAAGCUGAUGACUUACAGAAGCUGGAUCAAUAGUACAAUAGCCAGAUCUAGACAAGAAACUAAUGA